GCUGUCAGGCCAAGUAGCUGUCAGGCUCGAUACGGCGUACGCUGUCAGUAGCCCUAAAAACACCAAGAAGGGGAAGAGUGCCUGUCAGUGGCUCUGAUCAGGCCAGCAAGGACACGAGUAGCUGUCAGUGGCUCUGGUCAAGCCAGCAAGAAGGCCACGAGUAGCUGUCAGUGGCCCUGGUCAAGCCAACAAAAAGGCCGUGAAUAGCUGUCAGUGGCCCUGGUCAAGCCAACAAGAAGGCCGUGAGUAGUUGUCAGUGGCCCUGGCCAAUCCAAUAAGAAGACGGUGAAUAACUGUCAGUGGCUCUGAUCAAGCCAACAAGAAGGCUGUUAGUAGCUGUCAGUGGCUGUGAUCAACCCAACAAGGUCGUGAGUAGCAGACAGUGGCUCUGAUCAACCCAAGGAGAAGAAUAAUGUAAGUAGUUGUCAGUGACCUUGAUAAACUCACCAAGAAGGACUUGAGUACCACAUGCAACUAUAGUGACACCUCCAAGCAAACUGCACGUUUCCUGAAGACAGCAGUGACAGCAGACAUCACUGAACAAACACACUAAAAUCACUUUACAUCCCAACUUGUGCAGUCAUUGAGAGUAGAAGAAUCUUUAUGCAAACUACAUGUACCCUUAACAAGAAGAGACAGUCAGUGUUUCUCACGGUUCGCAUCCAGCCACUCCAUGUACUGAAGCAACCUCGACACUUACUAUGACUGCAUGAUUUUUUUUUUUGCAUUUGUAAAUGUAAAAAAAACAACAACAUGAUUUUGUCACGUGCAAAACCAGCAUUAUCAUCAAAUGCAGCAGCAGAAGCCAAUGCUGGAAACAACAAGAAAGUACUGCCAAAGUUGGAAGAUUUCCUUAAGAAGAGAGAUUUUACUGGUGCUAUUACACUUUUGGAGUUUGAACGUAGCAGUGGCAACACAAAUGAACUCAAUGAUCAAUGGAUUGGCUACUGUGCAUUCCACCUGGGUGAUUACAAACGAUCAUUGGUAGAAUUUCAGAACCUAACUUUGCAGCAUAAAAAUCCAGCACCAGAAAACUGGAUUAGUCUAGCAUGCUGUUACUUUUACCUGGGGAUGUAUCCAGAGGCUGAAGAGGCAGCUGAAAAAGCUCCAAAAUCUCCACUGCGAACAAGGUUGUUUUUUCACCUGGCCCACAAAUUUAAUGAUGAAAAACGACUGAUGAUGCACCACCAGCAGUUGGAAGAUGUGAUUGAAGACCAGCUCAGUUUAGCCUCCAUUCAUUACCUUCGAUCACACUAUCAAGAAGCUAUUGAUAUUUACAAACGUAUAUUACUGGAUAACAGAGAAUACCUGGCUCUGAAUGUGUAUGUUGCUCUGUGCUACUACAAGCUGGACUACUAUGAUGUAUCACAGGAGGUGCUGGCUGUUUAUCUUCAGCACUACCCAGAUUCUCCCAUUGCUAUCAAUCUCAAAGCCUGUAAUCAUUUUAGACUUUACAAUGGUAAAGCUGCAGAACAAGAACUAAGAACAUUGCAAGAUGUAACAUCAUCACCAUUAACAUUUGCACAAGAUCUAGUGCGACACAACUUGGUGGUUUUUCGAGGAGGAGAAGGAGCACUUCAGGUCCUUCCUCCAUUGGUUGAUGUUAUUCCAGAAGCUAGACUCAACCUUGUUAUAUAUUAUCUUAAGCAGGUGCCCAGUUUACCCUUGCUGUUCUCCUGUAUAUACAACAGCUCCGCCUUCAAACUCAAAGACCCGUUCCGCCUCUAUCAACGACGUGCAGUGUUUGAGAGGGUGUAUUUUGCUGCCCAGGCUGGUACUCGAAUACUCUGA